AUGAUUAUUGGUACACUUGCUGGUAUGAUAUCAGUUUUAGGCUUUCACUUUCUUUUACCUAAAUUAAAACAAUACCGUCUUCAUGAUACGUGUGCUGUUAAUAAUUUACAUGGUAUACCCGGUUUAGUGGCUGGUGUAACUGGAAUUAUUGUUGCUUCGAUUGGUAAUCGAUCAGGUUCUUUAACUAGCCUAACAGACGCAUGUUGUGGUGGUGGAAAAUCUCGAAAUAAUAGUACUCAAUCGGCUUAUCAAGCAACUGCACGUGGACUUACACUUGGCAUGGCUGUUGUUGGCGGACUUAUCACAGGUUUUAUGCUGCGCUUACCAAUAUUUGCUUAA